AUGGAGAACCAUGGAGAACCCGCAGCCGCCUCUCCGAACGGCCUGAGGAAGGUCUUCACGAUGCAGAAUCGCAGCCGGACAGCGCUGGGGAAAACUGACGCUUCAGAGACCGACCAGCGGAACAGAAGUUCGACCAUUGAAUCGAGGACGGAGGACUCGAGACCCGCGAGCAGUGCUACUUCGGCAGACGCUCCAAGUGGGAUUUCAAAGCUGAUACCGGGAGCCAGGCGACGGCAUCGAAAGAAGGUCGAGACUACAAUCCCCCUGAAUAAGGAUGCCGAGCAGGUCGAAGGAUACGACUGGCAGGCUGGGGAGUCAAAGGUCUCCUUGCCAUCAGUCGAGGUCAAUGGUCAACGCCGGCGGUCCAUGACAAAUCCUGAGAGCAACCAUGUCUCAGAUGGUUCGGAGUCAGAUAUCGUGGGCAAGCGUAGCUCCCGUGGGGAUCCGACAGCAUCUACACCCGACCUCGGCGUCUAUAGAGAUGAAAGCGAUGGCAAUGCCGAUAGAGUCCGCUCAAAUACCGCCUCGGAAGUCAGUUUAGACAGUUUCAAGGGGGCCUCGAGGCAUACCGCGGCGUUAGGAGUCUCAACAAGCAGACCUUCGACUGGCUCCUCGGCGGGCCGGAGGCUGAAGGAAGCGUUCACUCACCGAAUGACGAACAAGAGCACCGAUACGAGCCCUGAUAGAGGCUCCAGCAAGCUCUCUCGGAACAACAAUACCAAUGAUUCCGCUGGAUCCGUGGACGGCGGUCUCUCCAAGGAGGCACCGACUCCCCUACGGACUAUGCCUCCAUUGCCUCCGCCGGCUUCGCAGGCUCAAUCUCCGCUUGAUGCUGGUCGUCAAAAAGCCGGACAAUCGUCUCAGUUAAAUGAGCCCCCAAAAACCCCUCCGCCUUCAAAAGGCCAGCCCGAAAUAGUGACCACGCUCACACCUCCUACUCCCACUAAUGAUCAAUUUCAUCCCCAGCCCUCUAUCCUGACCAAUAUUGUCAAUUCCCCGGAAUCUACUCAAAAUGGCACUCCCCAAUCGCCCUCUAAUAUUGUCGUUAGCCCCUCCGGUAAUAUGAUAUCCCACCGACGAGUACGGUCAGCAUCGGCUGCUCACCAGCCAAGCAAACUAUCUAAUUCUACAGUUCCUCCCCUAACGCCUGCUAUAGAAGAGAAUAGAACCACGGGGAAACCUUCAACAUCUCAAUUUGGAGCCGGAUUCUUCUCGUCCAUGGUGUCGGCGGCACAGAAUGCUGCUACCACUCUAAGCAGCAGCCUUAACCCACAGGCUAAGGGCAAAAACACUCAGGAACAAACGGAUGGAAACACACGGGAUGACAGUAACAAGGAAAAUUCGGAGGCUAUUCCCGAGGGUGACCAAAAUGCAGCCCCAGAGGAUAGGAAGAAGGAGUUGGCAGUGAACACCCUUGGCAUGGGUGAUCUAGACUUUAGUCACCUUGGACUUGAGCCCAUUGACAAGACUGCUGGUGAUGGUGAUGGCAACAAUCUAGACCUGACUGGACGCCAGCGGGCGAAAACAGUCUCACAGCGCGAUGAACUUUCGGCCCGGAUGGAAGAUGUCCGGGCUGCUCGAGCUGUAUCAAUGGCAUAUGGAAAUACACCGGCAACCCCUAUCGUCACCGUGGAUGGCAUACAACCUGAACCGCAGCCUCAGAAUGCCCUCGGCUCCCUUAUAAGGGACAACACGGGGGAAAGUACGCCACCCGGAGGCAGUGUUCACAGCGAGACGGCAGAGAGUUUUAAACAGAACGGUAGCCUUCGAAGUCAUCGUGCUCGCAGAACCCGCGGAUCAUCCGCCGCUACUACGAAUACAACAACAGGCGGUGCAAUUGGCACUAACCUUACAGCGAGGAACACAAGCGUCCCUCGUCUCACCGGGUUUGCUGUUGCCAGUAAGAAAAGAAACCGUGAUUUUCAUCAAUUAUUCCGCAGUGUCCCGGAGGAUGACUACCUUAUUGAGGAUUACAGCUGUGCGUUGCAGAGAGAGAUUAUUCUUGCAGGCCGACUAUAUAUCUCCGAAGGUCAUAUCUGCUUUUCCAGCAAUAUAUUAGGCUGGGUAACAACGCUCGUGAUCGGCUUUGAUGAGGUCAUUGCUAUAGAAAAGGAAUCAACAGCUAUGGUUUUCCCAAAUGCCAUCGCAAUCCAAUCUUUGCAUGCACGCCAUACUUUCCGUAGUUUGCUCAGUCGAGAUGCAACCUACGACCUGAUAAUCAACAUUUGGAAAAUUAACCAUCCAACUCUCAAAAGUUCAAUCAAUGGAACGCAUAUUGACCAGGGCACUGGUGAUAAAACUGAAAAGGCAGAUGAAGCUUUCGAUGAUAGUGCCUCAAACUCGGAAGAAGAUGACGAAGUGUACGAUGAAGAUGAAGAUGGUGCUGCAAUCAUCAAUGGGAGCGAGAAUAACAGCGUCGCUGCAAGUGAACCCCCAGACCAGUCGCAGCGCCUUCUUCGAAAGUCUUCUACGGUCCCACUAUCUGCCAUGGGUGCUCCCCAAACUCCUAGUCCUGAUGAAGAAGUAAAGUCAGGUGAAAAUGGGGCAAGUUCUGGCCAGGAAUUCCCAGGCCCCAAAGCUCAUGUGCCAACAGAGUACAAUGACCCGUCUGGACGUUUUGAAAAGCUAAUUAAAGAUGAAGUUAUCCCUGCACCGCUAGGGCAGGUGUACUCGCUAAUAUUUGGUGCCCCUUCUGGUGCCUUCAUGUCUAAGUUUUUGGUUGAUUAUCAAAAAGUCACGGACUUACAGCUUGAAGAUGACAAAAAGGGUCUCACCAAUGAGAGCAAAACUCGGUCAUAUAAUUAUAUUAAGCCAUUGAAUGGAGCAAUUGGCCCCAAGCAAACACGGUGUAUUAGUACGGAACAGCUCGACUUCUUCGAUCUUGACAAGGCCGUUCUUGUCACCCUCACAACCCAGACACCAGAUGUACCGAGUGGAAAUGUCUUUUCUGUGAAAACCAAGUAUCUCCUUACAUGGGCUCCAUCGAAUGCCACAAGACUCGUCAUGUCAUGCCUUGUAGAAUGGACGGGAAAGAGUUGGAUCAAAGGCCCAAUUGAAAAGGGUGCCAACGAUGGUCAACAAAGCUUCGGUAACGAUCUAAUCAAAGCAGUCCGAGCCGCGGUUGCGGCUCGUGGGCUUGGAAUAAAAGGUGGACCGAAGGGUAAAGGCAGACGCAUCCGCAUGGCAGCCGAAAUGGCAGUGGCUGCGAAAGAGCAAGCUGCACUCGAAGCCACAAAAGCCCAGGCCUCAAACAAUGGACUCCUAUCCACCAUAUAUGGCCCUUUUGCUCCGAUCGUGGACGUUAUAAAACCAUUCUGGAGCAGCAAUAUGACUAUUGGUGUUCUCCUGAUUCUUCUUGUCACCAUGUGGUUCCGUACUUCCGCCCCUGCCCAUCAAACUUCUAGAAUCGGGCUCUCUUCACGCUCUGCCCCAGAACGGCUACUCGCAUUAGAGGAGCUAUGGCAAAGAGAAGAAAACGAGCUAUGGGAUUGGCUAGAGGAGAGAGUAGGACUAGAAGGCCUCUCAUUCCCUGUUGUCGACGUACAUUCCCGAGCGGACAGACGGUGGUCUAGUCGUGGUCGUGCCGAAAGGGAGUUUGAAAACCGGCUACAUCGAGAGAGAAUGUCAGAGCGCGAAGCUGAAGAUGCUAUUCGUGUUACGCAACAACGUCUUGAGACCUUGCAGAAAAUCGUCGAGAAGCGAAAACAAAAUCGCCAGGCUUCUCUAAAGGACGAUGCAGAACCUCCUUCAUCAUAA